AUGACAAACAUUGAGAGAGGGAGUAAAGAUAUUUCCCGCCCGGACACAGAAGCUGCUGGACCCGGGCGUGGUUACCGGCGGCUCCCAUUGCCCGGGCGGCGAGUCGGUCAGUCAGAGAGCCGCGGCCUGCGGGAGGGUCACUCGCCCCCUCAGUGGCCGGACACUCAGACACCGGGCAGCGGUCAGCGGUCAGCGGUCACCCCCACCAUCAUGGCCACCGCUUCGGACGGCCUGGUGUCCGAGCAGUCGAGCUCCGAGGGCGAGUACGCGGCGGGGGCGGCGGCGACGGGCGGCCAGGCCCAGGCCCAGGCCCAGCUACACCGGCUGUGGCAGCGGCAGGAAGAGCAGCAGCAAGCGGGCGGCAAGAUGGCAGUCAGCCGCCUGAAGCGGCAUCGCAGGGGCUGCCCGCUGGGCAAAGAGGCGCACGCACAGAAACGUUUACGAGAAGCGGCAAAUGCAAACGAGGUUGAGACCGUGAGUCAGUUACUUGAACUUGGCACUGAUCCAUGUGUAGCUGAUGACAAAGGCAGGACUGCCCUUCAUUUUGCCUCUUGUAAUGGAAACAGUUCAGUUGUCCAGUUGUUAUUGGAUAAUGGAGCAGACCCGAACCAGAGGGAUGGACUGGGAAACACACCGUUGCACCUGGCUGCCUGUACAAACCACGUACCAGUGAUCACUACACUGUUAAGAGGAGGUGCUCGAGUGGAUGCCCUGGACCGAGCAGGAAGGACUCCAUUACACCUCGCUCGAUCGAAACUGAACAUCCUGCAGGAUGGACAUUCACACAGUCUGGAGGCCCUGCGGGCGGAGGUGAAGCAGAUCAUUCAGAUGCUGCGUGAAUACUUGGAAAGACUGGGUAACCGUCAAGAAACUGAGCAGUUAGAUGAUCUUUGCACAAAACUUCAGCUGACCAACACGAAGGAAGAGGUCGAUGAAGUUGCUGAUCUACUCUCAAGCUUCACAACGCUCAGCCUACAAAUACACAAUUUAGAUAAAAGGUAACUGACCCUCCCCAUCCCACCACUGCCACUGUUAGAAUUCAGCGGGACCCAACACAAGAACAAGGAUCCUUGUAAAUACCUGUAGAAAUGACUAAAUUGACUCUUCAUCUUCUCCAGCUGCUUGAGGUCUUAGUUUUAGAAACAUUGCAGAAUUCUUGUUUUCAGUGUAAUAAAGUUGAUAAAAUCUUGGAACAAAGCUUUGAAUUUAACAUUUCAAACGUUAACUGUGGCGGGAUUUUGUCCAAUAAUACUGACAAGUCUUAAAGAUGUCCGCCUCCAUUCUCCAGUGUGAAGCACAAUGAGGUGAUUUAUGAUCAUGGCGAAAGAACUGUUCCAAGCAAUUUUAUUGAACUUUAGGUUGUGUUUGUCUAACUGAUCUUAAAAUCCCUUGAAUUUAAUUCAGAAUGGGACUGUGUACCUUGUUUGUGAUGUAUGAGGUUAUCAGUUUUAUCAAUCAGAACCAUGUUAAAUUGUGAUGUUAAAUGAAUUUUCAAUGCAGUUUUAUGUGUAAAAUAAAAUUCCAGAAAACGUGUUA